UUCACCACUGGGAGUAACGACUCCAUGUACUCUGUUAACGGCGUCCACGGGGACAUAAACAUCACCCUCUGGCCUCUUCAGAGUGGCAUUCUGCAUUUCUGUGGCUUCCAGGUCUUGGAACCACAGGUGGUAUACAGCAUUGCCCAUACCCCACCAGAGACCCGGAAGCAGAUCCUGGAAGGGUGGAAGAAGCGCCUGGAGACUAUCUGGGAUGAGAAGCCACUCUACUUCACUCCAAGCAGCAUGUUUGACCUCAACUUCCAGGCAGGAUUUGUUCUGAAAAAAGAGGUUCAAGAGGAGCAGAAAAAGAACAAAAUUGGCCUUUCUGUGGGUCAUCACUUGGGCAAAGCCAUUCCAGCCGACGACCAGACCAAAGCUAGAAAAUAAGAUUGUUCUUCCAACAU